UGCGGCAGGAAGUAAAAGAGAAUUACCAUACAUCAUCUCAAAUACACUGCACAAAUACUUUUGAACUAAUCUAGUAGAUAAAUAGAGUCAUUUUGAUUCUAAUUUCAUGUAUACUUGUUCGAUAGGAGCCCACUUGUUACGGUUAUAAUGUUUGGUAGACAUUAAACAUCAGGUGUCUGUCUACCUCAUCGUGACAACUCCGCCAUGCCUAGCCCUUGGGAUACGGAAUGUGAUCCGUUCAAUUACACCUCGACUGGCUACCUGGGCAAGAAGAGACCAGAGAUGCUUAUCAAUGAGCUGCUUUUGAAGGAUAAAAUGGGCAAGCCUAAAGCCAGAGGUCGGGUAUUGCCCAAAAACAUUACAUUUGGUGACGUCAACAACUGCCCCUGGACAGCAGCACAUGCUCUCUCUGGAUGGGCUGGACAUCUACCUACACAAAAGGAGAUAACUGGAGAGGAGCCCGUGGUACGCUGUGAUUUCCUCCAACUGAACAGAGGCGCCAUUACGUCCGGUAUAGUUAAUCCCAAAGAGCUGAGAGUUUUCAGGAAAACUCACUUCCGAAUGUACGCCCCUGGGAUGAUCGACGGGGAAAGAAGUGAAAAGAAAAUAGAGCGCCCCCCAGCCAAGAAACACGACCCUAACAAGGUCUUUGGAAUGGUGAAUCCUCAAGAUCCUCCAUUGCAAGACUUUUUGACUCACAAAUUUCAAAAUGAUUGGCUGAAAGGAACUAAAGUACAAUCCAACACUGUGGCAGCGAAUGAAAAAUUUAACAUGAAAUGGAGUCGUUGGGCACCGACAAGAGCCUCGUUGUUGAGAGAAGUCCUGGUUCCAGUUGCCAUAGACGAACAGCCCUGGAGAAUGCCCAAAUUUGUGGACAAGGUGAAGCCUCAUUUAUCAACCUUCAGAUCUGAGAAAGAGUUAGAAGAUGCAUGGGAGGCUUACAACUAUGAAAAGUGUGGACGUCUGGGUCAAACUGGACAAGGCAUUACUAUCUCCAAUGUCCGAGAGCGACCCUAUCUGCCUGCUAUUAAGUCUACCUAAAAUCCUAACGUUUUGUCGAUUCUUUUUAAAUUUUUUCAAUUGCCUAAAUAUUUUUAUUUUUCCUUUCUAUAAAAACAUAUGUACCUAGCUAAACACAGAACAAUUGUAGAAGUUUCCAAUCGAGAAACUGUUGAGUUUGGUCAAAUAAAAAGAGUUAUUUUGCUAUGGAUAAUUAUUUUACCAAUACCUUUUAUGCUCUAGAAUGGAUUGUAAACUCAAUAAAUCUUUAUAAAUCUGUAAAAUGAAAAUCAUAUUUUCAAAU